AUGACUUUCAUCACACUGCUUUGCCUAUUGGCUUUGUUACCGCUGCAAGGGGAUUUUCAACCGGUUCACAAAGAAAGUGCGACUGUGGAGGAGGGAAAGGAUUUAAAGCUACUCUGCAAUAUGCUCGGAGACGGCAAAUCAGACUUGCAGUGGUCAAACCCACAGGGCUUCAUCAUUUUUCUAAACACCCAUCGGGGUUUAAGAGACCAGAGGUUUGAGCUUAUCCAUUAUUCAAAGGAUGAAUUAUUGGUCAAACUGUCUAAAGUAAGAGUACAGGAUGAGGGUGUGUAUACGUGCUUUGACUAUGGCACACCAGUCAGAACGAAGACUGUGAACGUGAUGGUGUUAGCGGCUCCUUCCAAACCACAGCUGGAGGCAUCAGAUAUUAUUGCUGAUGGUAAAGAAAGAAACAUUGUACUAACUUGCUCCACACAGGGAAGCAAACCCCCUCCCCGCAUUACCUGGCUGCUAGACAAUGGGAUAGAAAUCUCUGGUGACACCAAGCACAGGUUUGAGCACGACGGAAAGAAAUGCAACACAACCAGCACCCUCACAGUCCAUGCGUAUGGCAAGAAUUCAAUAGCCAGCUGUGUCGUUCGCCAUGAAACCUUCAGAGAAGAAAAACAGAUGGUGUCUUUCCGGUUUGAGCAUCUCAUGACUACUACAGACUCCACUACAAUGGCAUUAGAAACGAGUAUGACGACCUAUGAGAAUCAUCAUUAUACAGAAACAAAAGAAACUGCUACUGAAUCUAUGACACUGCCAUCCCCUGCUGGCAGAUCUCUAGCAACAAGUGCCCAACAGGAAGAUAACUCUUCUCAGAUGACUGCUGGGUCUGACCAAUUAUCGAUUCCUCCCUCCGUAACAGAGGAAACAUCUAUUGCCAGCUUACCAGCUCUGCCUACCCACCAGAAAGAGCAACUAAACAUCACCACUGCUUGGUCAGAAACAACAUCAGGUGCAACAGUAAAUGAGGAAUUCUCUGGUACAGAAGAAUCAGCAAUUAGUGAAGAAUAUACUCAGAAUUAUAAUGUCACCACUGAGCCACAAGGAACAAUGAAUGACACAGACAGAAAAAACAGUACAGAUAUACCAACUGUAAAUCCUGAAGAAGUAACUCAAAACUACAGCACCGCUGAGCCACAAGGAACGGUGAAUGGCACAGACAGAAAAAACAGUACAGAUACACCAACUAUAAAUACAGAAGAAGCAACUCAGAACUACAGCACCACCGAAAUUAAGAUCAAGUCCAAAGAAAUUGGAAACAAGAAUAAGAAGCUUCUCCUACCAAUCCUGGUGUCUUUACUCAUUUUGGGGCUGCUCAUUAUAGUCCUGCUUUUUAUGAGGAAGCUGAAAAAAGCGCACAGAGUGUGGAAAAGAGAAAAUGAUGCUUCAGAACAGACCCUGGAGAGUUACAAAUCCAGGUCUAACGAAGAUAACCCUGUCCCCGAGAAGAAUGGGCAAGGUUUUAACCAGAAGUCCGGCAUGCAAUAUGUAACUAAUGGAUAUGCAGAAACUAUAAAGAAGAAGCCAGGAGCACAAGAUGUUUCAGUGUUUGCAAAACAGCUGGCCUCCGGAAGAGAAACUGAUGUAUAGCGAUUAGGAUUUUAAAAUGGCAUUGUACCACGUACAGAGGCACAAUGUUUUCUUCUCCUGUUUAUAGUGAUCUGUUCCUGUGAAAUACUAUGGAUCCGUUUGAUAAUAUCACAACAGGAUUUCAAACUGAGACAGAAGUCCCUGAUAAAAUGGCUAAUCUCAAUCCAGAUUCCAGUUCAGAUCAUCUAUUAAUGAAAAGAGGUAGAUGAAACAGGUGCUGAUAGGAAUCUCCUGGUGACUUAUGCUUUUAAUGAGCUGUAAACUCCAGCAGAUUCAAUUUGUGGGUGUCAUAAAUGGGGCCGAGAUGUACCAGAUUGCUGAAAUGAGUCAUCUGUGGUCCUGACAAUGGGAAUGCCCAGCUAGUUAUAAUACAUACAAGAUACAAAAUCACUGAGAGCUUCCUUCCACACUUCUGCAGCCUCCUGUCUAAACCCAGGACUAAGAGGCAGGGACUCCUGACAAAGUCACUCAGGUCAACAAUUUUUAAACUGGGGAAUCCAAAGAAAGCUGCACCCAUUUUUCUCAUAGCAGAUUACAGCACUUCAUCAUAAAGAAAGUGUGCAAACCAGAGUUUUGAUCAACAGUAGAGGGCACUGAGAUUACUGCUGGAAGGCAAUUUCCUUUUUGACACAAGGGUUGAGGAUUUCAUUAUAAAAGGCUGUCAGCUUCCAGUCUAUUUUAAUAUUGGUUUAACAAUAAGAUUUGAAUUGUUUAAUAUUUAAACAGAUCAUAAGGCCAUAUAAGCAACCCUGGUUGGCUUGGUUUGUAAAUGCUGUUUAAUGAUGAACAGUCACUUCUGAACAAAUAUAUUUUAAAUACUACAUAUCACUAGCAUACAAUACCAGCUAUUUGAAGGCCUUUGAAGAAGUCUUUUAAGAAACAGUCUGCUUUCAGAAGUGGUAGUUCUACACGUUUCAAUUUUACAAUGAAACAUUGUAUUUUAUCAAGUGAAUUACGAUUAUACUUAAUAUGGCUUGUUUAUUUCCCUUACUUAAAGUACAGUAAUACUUUAGGCAUUAGGAAAGCACAGUCUUCACAGUAGGGUCUGUAUAAAAGCACAUUAUAUAUGUGUGUGUGUGUGUGUGUGUGUGUGUGUGUAUAUAGGAAGAUGGGGGAUACUUUUAAUUGAGGUUUUGUUUCCAGCUGCACUGACUGAUUUAUCAGCAUUGUUCUCUUCCUCCUUGUUUGUAGCAGACAUGUUUGUUAUAUGACCUGAAGCUGCGAUCAAACUCUGUCGUUUUAUUAUUACAGUUUUCACUGAUGAGCGUUUCAGCUUCUUCUCUUAAAAUAACAAUAGUGAGCUGUUUAGAAUGACAUUUUUUAAUAAACUGAAUUUAAAAGUAUAAUUAUGCUUUCCCCCCCCCCCCCCAACCUAGUUUGCAUGUCAGUGAAUAAUAAAAUAGGCAUACAGCUAACGAUGCAGAAAAGGAAAAGCACUAGCGGUCACAAUGGUAUACCACAUAUUAAAAGGAAUUAGCCAAGUCUCAAGUCUGCCAAGCAUUAGGACAGUGCAAAAAUCAAUAUGCUAAAAGGUAACAGAUCUGUCAGACUGGCAUCGUCAUCACUGGCAUAUUCAGUUAUCAGUUGUCACGUAGUUAGGUACCUGCCAUGACAGUCGGUUUUUUGCAUCCAUCAGUUUUAAUUGCCUGGGCUCACUGAUACUUUGAUAUUCCAAUCCAGUUAAAGAAAGGAGGCUCUGGAUGACUCCAUUCUGUUGCAAUGACUGAUCUUCAAAUACAUCAAUAAAGAAUGAUCUAAGA